GACUGCGCAGUUGCUGGGCGUCUGGUGCGCCGGUGAGGUGGCGUGACGGCCGGCUGGCGGCUGGGAGCGUCGCGGCGACAAACAAGAGAGGGCCUCAAAGCGCCAAUCUGCGCGCCGCCCACCCAUUGGCCAGCCCAUUGGCCGCGGCCGCCGAGGAAGCGGGAAGAGGGACGCAGGCCGCCGCGCCGCCAGUCAGUCCGACCAGGGCACUCCAGCACUCCAGCUCCAGCUCCAGCUCCAGGAACAGACCGGCAGGCGACAUGUCUCUCGUCUUCGAUAAGCAGUACAAGCUCGCCGAGAGCGAGAACUUCGACGAAGUCAUGAAGGCUCUGGGUGUGGGCAUGGUGACCCGCAAGAUGGGCAACGCGGUGAGCCCCGUCAUAGAGCUGACGAAGGACGGCGACACGUACACGCUCAAGUCCUCGUCCACGUUCAAGAACACGGUCAUCACCUUCAAACUGGGCGAGGAGUUCGAGGAGGAGACUCCGGACGGCCGCAAAGUAAAGUCGACCAUUACCCAGGACGGCAACAAGCUGCACCACAUCCAGAAGGGCGAGAAGACCACCACAAUUGUGCGAGAAUUUUCAGCCGAAGAGGUGAAGAUGACCAUUACAGUGGACGACCUUGUGUGUACGAGAAUUUACAAAGCAAUCUAAGACUGCAACUUUCGCCACUGAAGAUAAUUAUUUCAAUUUUUUGAAUGCCAAUUGUUAAAUUUGUAGGAAAAUUAGAUUCCAUACCAAGUGAUACAGCUUCAUAAUAGUUUAGUUGAUAUUUGCUGUUAAGAAUUUGUCUGCUCAUUUAUUAGCUUCUAUAUUUAUUCCAGUUUGAUAUUUUAAUAUUAAAAUUUAAAAGUUGUAGUUUUCAGCUGAACGGAUCUUGAUGUUCCUAAAGUAUUUUUGUAUUCUGCAUUUGGUAUAAUUGUUAUAUGCAUUUAAGUGUUUCCUAAAAUCUUGAACUUUGUACUGAAUUUACUGUAAGUUAAUAAAAUUACAUACCUUUAAA